AUGGAAAAAGAAGAAUUUUAUAGAAAAUAUCAAGAGUAUUAUGGUGGAGACAUAAAUGAGAUCCCUUAUUUAUUGGAAGGAAAAGAUAUAUGGUUAUAUGAUUUAUAUUUAAGUGUAUUGAAACAUGGUGGAUAUUCAUGUGUAAGUCGAAAUGCGAAAUGGUUAAAAAUUGGAAAAGAAUUUGGACUAAUAAAUAAAGAAAAAAAUAUUAGAUUAAUAGAAAUAAAAAAUAUUAAAGAAUAUUAUUUAAAUUAUCUUAGAGAAUUUGAAAGAAUACAUGAUAAUUUAAAAAAAGGAAAAAUAUUAACAAAAAAAUAUAGAUGUCGUGUUGGAAUAAAUAAUAAUGAUGUAAAAAAUAAAAAAAAAUCAGUAGUAAAUAUCAAUGGAAAUAAUAUACCAAUAUCUUCUAAAAGGAUCAAUAAUAAAAGGAAUGUUUCAAAUACUGGGAAUGGUAAUACAAAUAUAAUAAUUAAUGAUUCUCAUUUUAAUGGAAUGAAUAAAAAUUCUUUUUUUAUUAAGGAUGAAAUAUUUAGAGGAGAAAAUGAUUUAAUUGUUGAUAAAAAUAAAAUUAAUACAGAAAAUGAAAUGUCUACUUUUAAUUACCCAACUAAUAAUAAUAUAGAUAUAAAUUGUAAGGCAAAAAAAGAAGUAUAUCAUGAUAGUUAUACUAAAGAGAGUCGAAAAAAUGAAGGAAAAUAUAAGAAAAAUCAAAGAGAUCAUAUUUUUAGAAAUUGCAAUAAUAUUGGAAUAGAAGUUAGUAAUGGUAAUAAUAAUGAUGAUACUGUUCGAGGGAUUGAAAUUGCUGACAUUCAAAAUAGUGAAGAGAUAGGUAGGUAUAGUAAUGGUGUACAUGUGAAAAAGGGAAAAAUAAAUAAUAACAACAAUAGUAGCAAUAGUAGCAAUAACAAUAAUGACAAACAAAUAGAAGAUCAGAUAAUUAAUAAUGGAAAUUUUUCGAAUAUAAAUAAUAUGUCUUGUUAUAAUUUUACAUAUAAUACAAUAAAUAAUUAUCAAAAUAAUUUAAAUUACAUGAAUUAUUUAAAUAUAAAUAAUUAUGGAGAUAAUAGAUAUAUAGGAAAUCCCGAUUACAACAAUAAUAUAUAUUCUUCCAAUUUUAAUAAUACUUCUAUUUUUAAUAGUCAUAUAAAAAAUGAAAAUAAUAUUAAUAAAUGUGAAAAUAGUAAUUAUAUAGGAAUGUCCUAUGUUAAUAAUAAUUUUGUUGAUACUAACUGUUCAACAUUGAAGUUUCUAAAUGAAAAUAAUUAUACUGAAUAUAAUGAUUCUCCAAUUAUUAACAUAGGAAAUAAUACUUUCCCGACAAAUACGGGAUAUAUCAAUUAUGGUUUUCUAAAUGAAAAUUAUAAAAAUAAUAAUAUCGGUAAUAAUUAUAACAACUUAAAUGGUGGGAUUCUACACAAUAAUGGCUAUGUUGAUAAUGUUGUAAAUUGUGAAAAUUACGAAAAUUGUGAAAAUUGUGAAAAUUGUGAAAAUUGUGAAAAUAAUGAAAAUUGUGAAAAUUAUGAAAAUUGUGAAAAUAGUGAAAAUUGUGAAAAUAAUGAAAAUUGUGAAAAUAAUGAAAAUUGUGAAAGUUGUGAAAAUAAUUUAAACGAUUUGAAGAAUGGUAUGAAUGUAAUUUAUGAAAAAGAGAAAAAUAUUACAAAUAACAUGAAAGAAAUAGAUAACUAUAAAUAUAAUUUUGAAAAUAAUAAAGAUAUGAUAUUGUCUAAAAUUGAAAGUGAAAAAUGUAUAGAUAUAUAUAGAUUAUUAUUGGGAUUAUAUAAAAGAAAAGAAAAUGUUGGUGAUUUUAUAUUAUGCCUAAAUAUACUUUAUUCUAUAUCAAAAAUGGAAAAUAUAAUUUCCAAAAAACAAACUCGUAUUGUUAUAUGGUCACUUUUACAUGUAUUAGAAGAUAUACUUAAAAUAUUCUACGAUGUAUUUAAUAGUAAAAAACGAUCAAUAUAUAUUUUGAUGUUUUUUUUUAAAGAUUGUUUAUUAAGAACCAAAUCAAUCGAAAAAAGAGAAAAACAUAUUUUUUCAAAUAUGGAAAGUAACAAUAGUCAAUAUAUUUUGUCCCAAACUUUGAAAGACAAUUCGAAAAAGAAGAAAAUUGAAGGUGAAAAUUGUGAAUCAGAAAAGAGAAAUGAAAAAGAUCUUAGAUCGAACAAUAACGACAUUUUAGCAAAUAUUUUAUUUUUAAACAAAAAAAUAGAAAUAAGGGAGAUGCUCGAUUUGCAUUUAUCUUAUUAUGAAUAUUGUGUAGAAAAAAAAAAAAAAAUUAAACGAGUAUAUGAGCUAGGAGAAAAAUGGAUUGAACAAAAGGAUAAAAGAAAAAAAAUGAAUAAAAAAUAUGAUGAUAAAAAUGAAGUAUGUGCUGAAAAUAUUUGUAAUAAUGCAGAUUCAUCAACAAGUUCAUACUAUUGUAGUAGUGUCCAUAGUACAGACAUAGAAAAUAUGAAUAUAAUUCGAAGAGAUAAAAAUGGAAAUAAUUUGAAAUGUAACUAUUUUUAUAAAGAUAAAAAAUAUAUGGAAAAUAUUUUAACAAAAAAAAGUUCCAUUGAGUUUGUUUUUAUCAUUUUGUAUAUACUUAAUAAUAUGUUUCAAAUUAGUAAAUAUAAUUUCCAUUUUUUCAAUAUGUCAACAAAUUGUAAAGAGAGUAAAGAAAAAGAUAAUGAAAAUGUUUGUGAUAUAGAUAAAAAUAAAAAAAUAAGCGAAAAUUUGAAUCUAUCGAAAGAUAAAAAUGAAAUGACAACUAUGCUUACAUCUUUGAAUGAAGAAAAUAAAAAUAUUUUGAAAAAAGAAGAAUUGUUAAAUAAUCAAAUUCCAAAAAAUGAUUUUUAUGAUCAAAAUUCGUCAGAUGCAUCAUCAUCGAUUUGUAGUAUGAACAGUUGCAUAAAUACUGAUAUAAAUUUAUUUUCCUCAUUAAAAAGUGAGGGGAAUAUUAUAGUAGAUAAUAGUAAAGAUAUAUUAGAUUAUAAAAAUAAUAACAAUAUGAAUGAAUAUGAAAAGUUUGAGUUUGAAAAAAAUAGAUAUAGUUUGUAUAAAUCUAGUUAUAAUAAAAUCGAUGGUCAAGAUAAUAAUACAUUUUGUGGAGAUAGUGAAGGAAACGAAACUAAAAAAUAUGGCAUAACAAAUGGUGAAGGAAAUGAAACUAAAAAAUGUGGCAUAACAAAUGGUGAAGGAAAUAAUGUUUGUACAGAAGUUUAUGAGGAAAGUCAUUCACCAAAUUUGGCAUGUGAUGAUACUGAAAAGUGGAAUAAAAAUGGGACAGAAAAUGAAUCCGAAAAAUGUGCGUUAAAAAUUGAUUCCACUAAUUUGAAUAAUAACAAUACAAGUAGUAUAGACAGUUCUAAGGAGACAAAGAAGGUAAAUAAAAAUAAGGAAGAAGUUAAAGAAAUAUACAAAAAUCUACAAAAUGAAAUGUAUAAGGAUAUGAAAAAAAUAUUUAUUAAAAAAAAAGGAAAAGAAACGAAAUAUAAAUUAAUACAUUAUUUUUAUUUAAGCAAAUUUCUUAGUAUAUUUGAAGCAAUAUUUUUAAAAAAUUUUGAAAAUAUAAUAUAUCAUGAAAAGGUUAUUGAAAAUGUAUAUAUUAAUAUGUUUAUUUGUAUUGAUAUAAUAAAUAAGGAAUUGGGGAAAAAUAUUUCUUUAAAAUAUAUUUUUUUUCCAUCACAAUAUUUAGAAAAAAUGAACAAGAUGAAAAUUGUUGCACAUUUUUCUUCCGAUAACAAAUUUUAUUUAUUUUCAAAUAAAGAAAAUCGAAAAGAUAAUAAGACAAAAAAAAAUGAUGAGAUACAUAAAGAUGAUGAUUUUAGGAAAGACAAUAAAAAUGAGUCUAUUGACUGUGGAAAAAUAAAUAUAGAACCGUUUUCUAAAUUUAUAAACAAAGAUGAAAAUUUAGAAGAUAGAGGAAAUGAAAGAUGUGGAGAAAACCAAAAUGAUCUUGAUGAUAAUAAUAAAGAUGAAAUUCAAAGAGGAAAAGAAGAGAAGGAUAAUGUAAAUAUGAAAAGUGUUAACAGUGUAGAAAAAGAUGGAGUAAAAAUAAAUGGGGAUAAUAAUAAAGAAAUGGAUGGAAAGAAAUAUAAAAAAAAAAUGAGAAAAUUAUUUUUAAAAAUAUUUCGAAAAAAUAAUAGAAAAUAUAAUAUUUAUAAAAAAAUAGAUGAUAAAUAUUUAAAGGAACAUUAUAAUUAUUUCGAAAGUUUUUGUUGUAAAGAGAAAGAAAAAAUGGAAAAAGAUAUUUUGUUAAAUUUACAUGAAAUUAUAAAAAAUAUAUUAUUAAAAAUAUAUAAAAGAGUUAACAAAUAUUUAAAUAUUGGAAUUUUAUCAUUAAAUAUAUUAGCACAUAUAUUGUAUUUAAUUCCUAAAAAAUUAUUUUAUGUGUCUAUUAUUCCAUGGAUAUUAAAUAAUAUUAUAAAUGUAAAAUGUUGUUAUACUUAUGUGAAUAUACCUUUAUGUAUUUUAAAUUAUAAUGGGUUUAUAUUUUUAGAAAUAUUUAUGAAAUUUAUAAUUCAAAUGAUUAGAAAUAACCUCCUAUCAAUUAAAUCAUAUAUUUUUUCAUUCCUUCGUUUAUCUUCUUUUCCGUUAUAUAUUUAUAUACACUUUGAUAUCCCAUUAUCUCAUAAUCUUAUUUUAACAUCUCUGUCUUUAAUAUAUAAGUUAGUUACUUAUGAUCCGGAUUAUUUGGCAACAGGGUUUAUUAUAGAAAGAGAAUUUCAGAAUCAAACCUCAUCUGCUUUCUACAAUAAAGGGAUUGAAGUAGGAAAUAACAAUCAAGAUGAUAAUAUUUAUAUUAAAAAUAAUCCAAAAAAAAGAAAAAAUUUUCAAACAAGCUAUUUUAGUAGUAAUACAACUAGUUCGUUUGGAAACGUGGGGAAUGGCUCGUUUGAAAGCAUAGCGAAUGGUUCAUUCCGAAUUUGUGAAUCUAUUAACAAUGAGAAAUCAGUAAAAUGUGAAUUUAGUACAAACAAAAAUACAGAAAAAGAAAUAAAAAAUGAAAAAAGAGAAGAAAGACAAAAUUAUGAUCAAGAUAAUAUUAGCGGAAAAAGAAAUGAACUACUAGAGAAAACAUUUUUAAAAACGCUUUUUUUAUUUUUAAAAAAAUUUAUUUAUUUUAAAAGUAUUUUGAAUUGUGCUAAUAUAAAUGAUAUAGACGAAAUGGUGGUAGAUAGUAAAAGAGUUCAAGAUAUUUUAAAUAACUGGAACUUAAAUAAUAAAGAUAUAAAAUUUAAGAGCAGCGAACAUUAUACUUCUAAUAUUGAAAAGAAAAUAUUUUAUUUACAUGAUAAUUUAAUUAUAUAUGCUAAGGAAAAUAAAAUAAAUUCAAAUAGUGUUAAGAAUAUAAAAACAUGUUAUAAUAUAAGAAACCGUUAUAAAAACCAAAACAAUACACCUAACAAUUAUUCAUAUGAAUAUAUGACAUCCAAUAACCAAGAAACACAAAAGCUCAGUAUUUAUGCUCACUCGAUAAUUUCUAUACUUUUAUUUUUAUCGUCUCACCACAAUUUAUGGGAAUCUUUAUCUCCUUAUAUUCCAUUGUUAGUUCAUAUGGCACUAAUUCGGACGGACAUCAGCUCGUCCUUGUGGAUAAUACUAAAAGAAUACUACUUCCGAAAUUUUAUGAGACAAAAAAGAAGCCCCCAAAAAUGUAGGAAAUAUUCUAACUCAAAGAUUGUGAGAAUAGAAAAAGUAAAGUGA